GUAGUUGAUAACAUCACCCCAUGAACAAACCCGCAUUGGUGGUUAUUGAUUUGCAAGAAGAUUUUCUUCCUUCUGAUGGCUCUUUGGCAGUGGCUGGCGGAAGGUCUAUUGUCGAAGGGAUCAUUGACCUUUUGGAUGUCCAAAAGUUUCCGUGGGCUGCUGUUAUUGCAACCCAGGAUUGGCACCCUCAUGAUCACAUAUCAUUUGCUUCUCAACACAGUGUGGAACCUUAUUCUCAGUUGGAAUUCACCCAUCCGUUAGGGGAAAAGGACGAGACUGGUUCUGUCAAAACAUUGACGCAGACGGUUUGGCCCGAUCAUUGUGUUCAGAAUACGUUUGGUUCUUCUAUCGAUGCUGCUUUUCUCACUCAGUUCAACCAGGUGGAUGGAAAGGUUCCCAAGGCCAUCGUGCAAAAGGGCUACUUGAAGGAUAGAGAGUAUUAUUCGUGCUUCAAAGAUACAUGGAAGCUCCAUAAGACGGAGAUGGAGGACACGUUGCGCAAGUUAGAAGUCACAGACGUUAUAUUCGUUGGACUUGCCUACGAUUUCUGUGUAAUGAACUCGGCUGUGGACUGCCUGCAACUGGGAUUUACUACGUAUGUCAUCAAGUCACUUUGCAAAAGUGUAUUUCCUGAAAAUAUUUCCCAAACUGAUGACACUUAUAGGAAUGGUGGUGUCAAGAUUCUCGAGUCUAUUGAUGACUAUAGCUUUUAAUGUGAUGAUGUCUAUUUUGAUAAUGCCUAUUUUGAUGAUGCGAGCUUUGCAAGAAGCUGUUGUUUUUUCUGGUCUAGAACCCAUUGCUUGAUGUCUUCCUCACUGGGUAUAAUGUCUGAGUAGUCCAUAAUUUCCUCUAGCUGGGCCUGUGAAAUAGUCAUGUCUUUUGCCGUAUUCUGAAUGUCAUCACUGAGACUUUUGCUAAUAGCCUUGAAAUUAUAUGCUUCGACAUUUUUUCUUUCCUCCUGCCUAGUGUAAACAUCCCCAACAAUCGCAAUGAGGUCAUCUUCAGCCUUGUCAUAUAUGUUGGUUCUUGUGAACGUGGAAUAGUAUGUAGGGUCAAGAUUGGAGAAUCUCAUCUCAAGCUCUUGAACUUCUCUCUGCUCUGUAUCUUGUUGCGUAGACUCUCGAGUUGCUUUAUCGAUCUUUGCCUGUUGCAAAAGCUUCACUUCAGGUA